AUGGGAGCCCGAACAAGUUAUUGAGACAUAGAAGGGUGCGUUUGUAAACCCAUUUGGUAUCAAAUAAAAUUGGAUUGGAGCGGAUGGGUUUGUAUCUGGCAUUGAGACUUAGAACUAAAGAAAUCUCAGUGAGAAGAACUAGAUUAUUGUAUGUUAGAUAUUUUUGUGAUAACUGCUGAGGAUAUUCACUUUCUUGAAAAGGCACAGGAGGUGUUUGAACAAGUAUUUACUCAGAAGAAGGAAAAGGAGAAGGACAGGUUUAAUCUUAAAUGUUAUAGCUUGUUAAGUGGGUAUCUUAAGAGGACAUUUAAGAAUUUAUUAAGGAAAUGUAGAGAGUGGAGAGAAUUUAAUUUGAGAUGGGAAGAUGAAGUGAUGCCAACUAUGGAACAUGAAUCUGAGAAUAUGUUAAUGUCAGGAUUUAAAAAAAUCAAUUAAAGAGAAAGAUAGUUAUUUUAAUUCUUAUAACCUCUUGCGAUAUUGAGAUCCAAAAAUGUUAUUUGAACUUCUAUCAGUUUCCAAUGAUAAUAUUGGGAAAUUUUCUCUUGAAGAAAUUCCGAUAUCAACAGAAAAGACAAUAGAAGGCAUCCAUCUCUCAACUUUAGAGGAUAUUAGAUCUUGAAUUUUUAAGUUGUAUUACUUAAUUGAGUGAGUUUACAACAAGAAGGAAAUAUUUCAAAGUUUGAAUCUUUCAAAAGAAAAUAAAGAUUUAUCAGAUAUGGAUAUUUUUUAUUGUAAUGCUGAUGCUAGUGAAAUUGGGAGUACUUUUAAAAGCUUGGACUCCGCUAAGGAAAAGGAAAUUCUUGAAUCUUAUAAUAGAUACUUGGAAAUAAAAGCAAACUCGUUCUUUAAUUAUGGCUCCGAAAUGAUUGAAAUUUAUCAAUUCAAAGAGCGCGCGCUCGGUAAUAAGAGAAAUCCAAGGAACUUAUAACUGAUGUAAAUAUUGAAGCUGCCAGAUGUCAACAUUAUGAAAAAUGAGAUAAAGAAUCCUUCUACUACCUUCCUGAACUAGGAAUUCAACUCUGAUUCAAGCAUAACUUUCAUAUUUCUUAUCUGUUGUGUACUGAAUAUGUCCCACUCUUCAAACUAGAUCUCAGACAGACUUUAGAAAUAUUUCAUCUCCUUCAAAAUGAAGUAUUUAAAGACCCAUGCCUAAGAGAUUCUGAGCUAAGUUCUAAACUUGAAGAUCUAAUUAUGAAACCAAAUUCGCUUGAGCAUCCUUUUCCUCAUAACCACUUUAUUCUCCUUCAAAAUGAAAUAUUGAUGAAUUGGACGCAAUGAUAUGAGCCUUCCAGUAAAGUGAGAGAUUUUUAUGAUUUUGAAGAAAUUUUAUUAUAUCCUAUUCAAAAUCUUUGUGAUUUAGAUAUUAAAGAACAAGCAAAUUAUUGGAUCCCAACUUCGAACUACUAUGAAAGUGAUCCUAAUUUUAUCAAGAAUAUGCUAAAAAUAGAGAUUCUCGAAGAUAUCACGGAAAACAAGUUCCCAAAAUACUUGAGGAAGAAACAAGUUGAUUCGAAAGCAAAAGAGAUUAUAAAGUGUUUAAGCAAAGAUGAUAUUCAUAAAGAAGUUGAGCUUAAUAUAGAAAAUAUUGGAUUAAAUAUUGCUAUCAUAUCUCCACAAAAAAACAAGAAUUAUUGCUUUACAGAUAUUGACUCUAACAUGCAAAUGAGACUAAAUUGUCAUAACAAAUCUAAAAAAGCAUGUACAAUUAAAUAUUCUGAUGUAUAUGAAGAGCCAUUUGAACCUUCUUUCGACCCUUCUGAUUCUGCAACAAAGGAAAAGCCUCAAGAAGAGAAUAAUUCUAUAAAAAAUUAGAACAGAAAAAGAUUUAGACCAAGAGCCCAAAAGAGAUUGCCAACAGGGUGAAAAUAAUUGUGAUGAUACCAAAGAUAAUUCACUUCCCAAAGUGACGCUUGGUAAAGACUCUAACAAACAAAAAAUACCUUCAGGAUAUUCUUUGGGUUCAAUAAAGACAUCUAGUAAUAAUUCAUGAAGGCUUUUUAAAGGUUGAGCAAAUAAUACUUCUUCUAUUUGCUCAGCAUCUAAAAAAUUAUCUGAAUUUAAUGAGAAAGAGGAGUGCAAGGCUCCAAACCUUGAAUAUUCAGGGUCAGAUAACCUAAAAAUCUCAGAAGAAAUUGAUCCAAUUGAAAAAUAUACAGAAGAGGACAUCAAAGACCUUAUUAGGGAAGCUGAGCAAGUAGUUUAUGACCAAAGAAAAAAAUAUGACUUUCUAUUCAAAUAUGAAUCUCUUUCUGAAUAUUUUAUAAACAAAAAGUUAUAUAAAUUUAAAUUAUGAGAUCCAAACGAUCCAUUGCUUUCUCAAUAUGACCUUUCUGAUUUUGAUGAUUCCAGAGAAUUCUUUUCAGAUCCAAGGUGGAAAGAUCAAAUAUCAAUAUCCCCUCAGAAUGAAAUUAUCGCUAAAUUAGACACGGGAGAGAAUAUAAAAAAUCUUUCAUUGAUUGAAGAAAGACUAUGUGAGUUUGAGACAUUAGAAUUGAAUAUUACUGAAGAGAAAUGCGAGACUGUCAUAAAUUUUUUGUACAAUCAUUUUCCUGAAGAGUGCCAAUACUUUAAAUGAUCUUUUGCAUAUGAAUAUAAUCUUCAAACUAAUUGCUAUUUUUAAUCCACUAAUCAAACUGAGCUUCAGAGUCACUGAAGAGUUUGAUAUUAGCCAUUGGAAGCUAAGUCAACACCAAAUGAUGACUAUUUUUCAAGAAUUCAAACAUGUCCGCUCUUUAAAAUUUAAGGACUGAAUGAUUGUUCUUGAAGCUGUGCCAGAAUUUGGGAGUUCCCUUGAAGGAUUAAAAGUAAAGAAGAUAGAAUUGAGGGAAAAUGAUUAUGGAGAUCACGGCUAUAGAGUUAAUCACUUAAUUGAAGGAUUAUCCCAGUCUAAUGACUUCCUUCAAAAUUUUGACACGAUUUGUAUUCAUGGAAAGAAAAAUACUGAAAGAACAAGACAAAUUUUGAAGGAAUAUGCUGAUUCUGGAAAAUUAGACAUUAAUCUUAAGCGCUCUUACAUUGGUUUUAUGUGUUCUGACACUGAUUUUAUGAGUUCGGGCAGUAGUCUUAAGGAUUCUGAAAAAAUUUGCCUUAAGGAUUUUGAGUAUCUUGAUCUGGAUUCUGACUAUGAUUUUAAAGAUUGCUUUGGCGCCAAUUUUAGCAAUUGUUCUACCUAGAUCCUAUAAGUGUUACUGAAUUUGAUUGGGUCUAAUAAAGAACUUAGGUCUAAUUUCAAAAAGUAUUGGAUCCAAUAUAGAUAUCAUUUCUACACAAAAAGACAAGAAUUAUUGCUUUUCAGAUGUUGACCCUAACAUGCUUGUGAGACAAAAUUGUCAAAACAAUUUUAAUAAAGCAUGCAAAAAUAAAAACCCAUAUUUAUAUGAAGAACCAUUCGAACCAUCUUCCAAUCCUACUGAUUCUACAACAAAAGAAAAGCUUAAUGAAGAUCAACAACCCAAAAAAAAUUGUCGACCGGGUGAUAUUAUCAAUAAUAGAAAUCUAACAAAUUUAUUAUAAGCCGAGCAAUAGUGGAAAUUGUGAGAAAUAAAGACUAUUGCUAUGAUCCACAAAAGGAUAGCUCUUUUGAUCUCCUAAUUGAGUGUUAGAUCAGCGUUCUGUGACCAUCUGGCAACAAAAGUUUUGAAAUGAUUUGUUUUUGUUUGGUUUAAGGCAUCCCUUUAUUUUUGCUUGAUUAAAAAUAUUUCAUUUUUAUACUUACAAGGAGAGUAAUAGCAAAUACAUAAAACUCUAAUUUUCCAUUUAUUAAAAGAAUCACGAAUGCCUACUUUUUGGAUUCCAUUUAAAAAGAAAAAGAAUGACUUUUUGGCUUGAGCUAGAGUUCGAAUCCGACCAUUGUCUGCUUUUUGUAAAAAUAUUAAUUUUCUGAAAAAAUCUGUUCAUUUACGCUACAAUUGGAGGGAUGCUCUAAACAUCACUUUAAUAACAAAAUAUGUCUUUGUUGA